AUGGCGACUAACGAACCUCCGUAUACAUCAAGGAUGAUGUAUUUGGUCGGUAACGGCAACCAAGAGAGAUGUUCUUUCGACUUUUCUCUUCUUUCUUUUGAUGAAUACAAGCCAUUCUUUAAUGGACUUCCGAAUUUUAUUUUCAAGAAGUGCAAACACAUUAGAUUUUGCAAUGACUUCUACUACGAGUACAAGAAAGAUGGUCGCCACAGUAAGAGGCGUGAACAAAUCAUCGGCGCUUCAAUUAUGUACAAUCAUCCACCAUACUUGCAAUAUCUUACAAAGAUUAUUAAGCGUGUCGUUCCAAAAUCUCUCCAUCUCGAAACCCUCGAAUUCUCAAACAUCAAAAUCCCUUCAAAAUAUAUUAACACGAUUUGCCACGCUGUUGCCAACUCAACAUCCGUAAUUAACGUUAUUUUCUCAGAUGUUCCACUUGGCGAUCGUGGAUUCAAUGAGUUAAUGGACAAUGUCUCUCCUUAUCAAAUCCAAACAAUCACAGUAAACAAUGGUGGUUUAACUGCCAAAGUUACUGACAUGGUUCGCGAAUUUUUGAAUAAGAGACCACACAAUGCAUGCAUUGUCCGUUCAAUCAAAGAAAUCAACAUCAAACAAGAAGAUUUUCCACCAGAGGAGCUCGAGAUCAUCAGACAGAUGAUUGCAGCCGCCCAGAAGGAUGAUGAUGACUGGGAUACUGCAGAGCAAUGGGAGUCAAGAGCACUUCCACAGACAGAAUUCUUCGAAUCUUCUACAGUCGAUUUAGCAAAGCGUCCAGUUCCAGUACACAAGAGACAAGGAUCCCGCUUACCAGACAUCGAGACAGAUUCUGACUCUUCAAACGAUAACCUUGACAAAUCUCCAAAAUCAAGCCACUCGCACAAGUCAAAGAAGAGCAAAUCCGGACUUGGCAAGAUCGAAAAAUCAUCCGAAUCUACACGCCGCUCCAGUAUUAUGGAGGUUAAGCCAUUAAAGUCUAAUAAAUCCUCAGACAGCGAAAGCGGAGACGCUCCAAUCAUCAAGAAGGCACCACAGAUCCCAAUACCAGUCAAUACAAAGUCCCGUGACCUCAAACUUGAUGAAUCUUCAUCUUCUUCCUCAUCUGAUGAAAAGGAAGACUCUUCCAAGCACGAGAAGGAAGUUUCUGAGAAGAAGGUCGCAUCUCCAGCUCCUGUUAAGGCUGCUCCACAAGAAUCUCCAAAACCAAAGGAAUCUCCAAAGGCUUCACCACUUCCAUCACCGAAACAAGCACCAAAACAAGAUAAAUCAAGCGACAGUGACAAAGAAGACGAAAAAUCCUACUCAUACGAAAAUUCUUCAUCUCAUGAAGAAAAACCACCAAUGCUCGUUGUUAUUAACCACGACAAUGUUUCAAACAAGUCCGCAAAAAGUAGUUCCUCCGAUCAUUCCGAUAACGAUGAAAAACCUGUCAUAAUUAACCAUAAAAGUGACAACUCCGACCACUCAGAAAAAGAAGAGUCUUACACUGAAUAUUCUGACAGCGAGGAAGUCCAUUCAUUACAGAAGGAAGGUGUCGAAGAGAUCUCAAUUCCAUCCCAAGAGCAAUCAGAAAACAAAGUAGUUCUUCAUGUCUCUGAUGAAGUGAUGCAAAAGAGUAUUAACAAUAACAACAACGAUGAAGACAAAACAACAUUUACAACAGAAGUCAUCGAGGAAUACGAAGAACAAUACACGUUUGUUACUGAAGAACCAACAAAAACUGAGGAAAAUUCAAAGAAUAAGGAAGAAAAGUCCGAAAAAACAGAGAAAUCCCAGAAAUCAGAGAAAUCUGAGAAGAGCGCUAAGGAAGAAAACAAUGACGACGAAGAAAAGUCUUCUUCUAGCUCUUCUUCCUCUUCAUCUUCUUCUAAGAGCAAAUCUGGAAGUAAGAAGGCUGAUGAACCAUCAGAAUCUAUUACAGUUAAUGUUGGUGAGGCAAAUACCUGCAAGCCUGACAUCGUGGAACUUGGUGUUCCGGAAACAGGCGCAUAA